GUUCAACUAGUUUCCCCACUAUAACUUCCAACCCCUUGCCUCAAACCUCUCCAGCUAAACAGCUAUCCACUCACUUAAAAAUGUUCGCCAAGCUCGUCACCAUCGCCUCCCUCGCCAUCCUUGCGGUUGCCACCCCCACCCCAGUUCCUCAGGGAGGCUCCUGCAACACUGGCGCUAUUCAAUGCUGCAACUCCGUUCAAUCUGCUGACUCCCCUGCUGUCGCUGGCCUCCUUGGCCUCCUUGGUAUUGUUGUUCAGGACGUCACUGCCCAAGUGGGCGUCACGUGCACCCCGAUUAGCGUCAUCGGUGUUGGAGGCAAUUCUUGCAAUGCACAGCCCGUCUGCUGCGAGAACAACAGCUUCAACGGCGUCGUUGCACUUGGUUGCACCCCGAUCAACCUCAACCUCUGAUGGAUUCGUCCAGAUAGCAGCGCAUGGUCUUCUUGAUUUUGGGUGUUAAACGGCCAUUCUAUACCAUCCGGCUUGGACGUUCACAUUCGUUUACAAAAUACCCUACCUAGUCUUGGUUAGCUGUUAGAUCCACUCGUUUGCAAUGUGAUGUUGUUGUCGUUUAAUGCAUUAUGUUGUCUCGAACAUCGACGGUGCGGUUAUUAAUAUUACGCCCAUUCGAAAUCUGAACUUUGUCUAGACCCUGUGCAUAAUUGACUGUCUGUAUUCCUAGUCACCUGCUCGGACCUGCCUAACGUGCGCACAAUAUUGGAAUCGCGAUAUGCCGUUUAUCCGACACUGCUAAUUUGGAGUAUGCAUUUCUUCCAUGCAGUGCAUGGAAGUACAUAACUGCAAGCCCGAAAACAUCGCACCGAGGGAUUGAAACGGUUACUUUCCAUCAUUUCAUUACAAGAAGUUCUAAGCAGAGAACUGUCAUCCUUCAAUUGCUAGUUGCCAAGAAUUUAGGACAGCAUUCCCGCAUUCCCGCAUUGCCUGCGAGGCCCGAGGAUGGAAACGAAGUCCAAAUGGAGAACAUCUUCGUUCCGACGAGGGUAAAGGUUAAGGCAAUGUCCGGACAGGAAGACCAUCUUCCCUGCAAUAUGGCGCUGAAGCAGAGCAGCUUGUAUCUUCCCAAAUGGAAGUAGCUGGCUAAGACUGCUUCAUCUCGACGAAAUCUGGCAAGUUGGUGACGAGAUGCCCAUACAGCUCGCCUCAGUUGCAACAAUAAAGGACAAAAAGGGAAUGAACUGGGAAAAAUUAAUCGAGGUGGAGCAAUUGGUUCUAAUUGCACGGAACCCGAUCACUUCGAUUUUAUCGGCCUCGGUCGCGUGUCGGCUGCAAUGUGCAAGUGCGGCGCAGGGUAUGUCGGUUUCGCCUUGUUCCCUAUUUUUCC